AUGUUUAAGUCAAAUCCAAAAAGCAAGUUGCAUCCUAUUUCCAUUUUAGUCAUCGGAAGGCCAGGAAUUGGUAAAACUAUGUUGACAAAAAAACUUAUUCAUGAAUGGGAGACAAAUGAAGACGAAUUUUGGCGAGAUAAGCUGGUCAUUUUAUUGCAAUGUCGUUCUAUUGAAAAGAAAGACAUUACUUUUGAAGAAAUGAUAAGAAAUUGCGUUGGACUUUCAUUUGAACAGUUUUCAGGUAUUUACGAAUUUAUAAUGUUAAAUCCUGAAAGAACUGUUCUUGUCGUCGACGGUCUUGAUGAAUUGCCUUUAGAUAAUGGAGUUCUUCAAACUGACAACUCAGGGUCCCCUAAUGAAAAAAGGGCCGUCAUUAGACACUUAAGUAAGCUUGUUGAAGGUCAACUAUUGCCUUAUGUUACUGUUCUUAUUACAUCACGACCCACUGCUGAACGUAAAUUUAUAGAUAUGAAAGAUAUGAAAUUCACAAGAACAUUUGAAAUCUUGGGCUUUUUUGAGGAUGAGAUAAAAGUAUUCGAGGAAAAGUUUUGUCAUGAAGAUAGGAAUAUCGCUGACCGUAUUCUAAAUAAGAUUGAAAAUUCUCUUGAACUUCGCAGCUUUUGUUAUAUCCCUAUUAACACUAAAAUUGUUUGUAUGACAUUAAAGGAAUGUUUUGCAAAUGAUGAAAACUAUAGUCCAAAGACUAUGUCUGAAUUGUACAAUAGAGCAAUUAAAGUUUUACUAUGGCAAAGCCAUCCACUUCUCAGGGGCAAGACUACACCAAAGGAUUACUAA